AUUACGUAUAUCCGGCUUUAUCGCAUUUUGAGUUUUCGUAUCUGUGAAUAAUUUUGUGCUGGAUUAGUGUUUAGUUAUGGAGUUAUGAUUGUGUGUGUAGAAACUACUGCGACAACAGUUGAUUCACUCGAUUGUUUAUCGCAGCAAAAAUGAAAGACUGUUUGCAAUAACGACUAUACUAUACUACUUUGUUAAAAUCGGUGAAGCCUGGUAAAAAAUUCUCUUAAAUAUGGGAUGCUGUUACAGUUUCUGUAAAGAAGAUAGCGGGCCGCAGAGUGGGGAAGCAAACGAAAGAACACAUUUGUUAGUAGAUCCUGUCAGUAACAACACAAAUAUCCCAAGAGUACAUAGUGAUGAUUAUGUCAAUCAAUAUGCAAGUUCAGUGCCUAAGAAGACAGAUGAACAAAGUGCAUUAAACAGAAUUUUACACGAAACAGCAGCUAAUGUCAUAGAUGUGGGUGCAUUAGACACACACAAUCUAGAACAGCACGAAUAUGUGGAAAGGUCUCGUGCAUAUUCGAAAAGAAUAGAAUCAGGUAGAGUUAAACUCCCUGAAGUCUCACCUUGCCUACUUAAAGAUAUACCUGCUCCAGAACGAAUAUUAGCAGCUGACGCACUUGCCACUGGAGAUCAAGAAGUGAUUACGGAAAUGCUCAACAAGGCUGUGACAGGAUUAGGCAAUGUAAAAGUCACACACAAGGAGGAUUUAGUGGUUCCGUUUCUAUCGUGAUUGUUAAGUGUCCCUCAAACUAAUUUAUAACCUCAUACCAUUUGACUGGAAUUUUGGAUGUGGCAUUAAAAAACAUACAUUUCGGAAAUAUACAACCUAAGGCUGGACAAUUAGCUUGUGGUAAAGGAUCGAUUAAUUAUAAAGAUGUAGUGUAUUAUAAAGGAUGUUAAAGUACCACUAUCGCGUUUGCUUGCUGCAUACCAAUGGCUUCAAAAUUAUCGGAACAGUUAUGUAUUUCUUUCUUCUACUUUCUAAGUUUAGAGUUAAGAUGUACAUGUACGAUAUGAAUUUUCCCCGCAUUUUAUCUACAUUAAACAUUUAUGUAAAAGUUUU